AUGAAUUUAUUUUUAUUAAGAAAACUAGUUUCUGAAUGUGCAGAGAAAAUUAGAAAAGCUGUCGAGUCUCAUUUAUUCAUUUAUGAUGAAAAAUGUUUACCAGCUACACUCAGUAUUGGAGUUGCUGAAAUGAAUUCAUCUGUAGCACAUUUUGAAGACUUGCUUGUGCAGGCUGAUCUAGCUUCAAUUAUUGCUAAACGCCAAGGUCGAAAUCAAGAAGAUGAGGACGUAACCCCUCUAAGAUUCUAG